AUGACAUCAUUGCUCAACAUCUAUCUAUCUAUCUAUCUAUCUAUCUAUCUAUCUAUCUCUAUAUAUAUAUACAUCCGAUGCAAUGAGAACGGAAAAAUAGAAUUCUCAUUCCUUUUUUCUUGUUUUUCUUUCUCUCCUUCCUCAUUUUUCUUCUUUCUCUUCCUUUUCUGUUUUUCUCUCUUCCUUUUCAUCUACGUUUCUGUUUCUUUCUUUUUCGUUUUUUUUUUGUCUUCGUCAUUAUAUAGUCUUUCUUCGCUUCCUGUUUUGAUUCUUCAACCCCCUCCUUCCUUUCUUUUCUUUUUAUUUCUCUUCCUCCCGAUCUCCUCUACUUUUGUCUUUAUUUCUUGUAAACUCCUCUCCCCCUCUCCAUCUCUCUUCUCCUCAUCUUCUCACCUUUCUCUUCUUUUUUUUUUUUACCUUUCUCUACCUUCUCAUCCCCUCUUCGUCUUUUUUUUUAAUUCUGUUACUACCUAUCACAUCUUUCUUUAUUCUCGUUUUCUCUCACUUUCUUUCUUUCUUUCUUUUUUCUUUCUUUUAUUAAUUUGCCUUACUUGCCUGUUCUAUCUAUCUAUCUAUCUAUCUAUCUAUCUAUCUAUCUAUCUAUCUAUUGCAUUCUCUUCAAAUUUCAGCCUGUUCUUUCUAUCUAUCUAUCUAUCUAUCUAUCUAUCUAUCUAUCUAUCUAUCUAUCUAUCUAUCUCAUUAUAUUCGUAUCUAAUUUCUAUUCAUAUUUAUAUAUCUAAUUCUAUUCAUAUCUCUCUCAUUCUAUUCAUAUUUAUCUAUCACCCUAUAUAUCUCUCUAUAUCUAUCUCAUCCAACUCAUAUCUAUUUAUCUAUCUCAUUCAACUCAUAUCUAUCUAUCUAUCUAUCUAUCUAUCUAUCUAUCUAUCUAUCUAUCUAUCUAUCUAUCUAUCUCAUUCAAUUAAUGCAAUCUAUUGCGUUUCCUUCUUUUUAUCCCGCCCUCGCUAUAUCUCUUUCGCCCUCUUUCUCUCCCUCUAUACCCCUCACUCUUUAUCUCUCACUUUCCCACUUUAUCCCCCUCCAUCCAUCUUGCUCUUUCUUGCCUUUUUUCUCUCCCUCCUUCUCUCCAUCAUUAUCUCCCUCCUCCCUCUCCUUCUUUCUCCUCCUUUCUCAUCCUUCCCCUCUUUCUCUCCCCCUCCCUUCAUCCAUCUCCCUCUUUCUCUACUCUAUCUCUAUGCCGCUUCCAUAUCCUUUCUCUUUUUGCCUUACACCUUUUUCGUCUUUCUCCCCUUCCUUCUCUCUCUCCUUCAAUCUCCUCCUUCCUCUCCCCUUUCCUAUAUCCGUUCAUCCAUCUCCCUCUUUCUCUCCUUCUUUCUCUCUCUGCCUCCCUCCAUUUGCUUCUUUCUCUUUUUGCUUCCCUCUCUCUUAGUCUUUCCAUCCCUCCCUCUCUCUCAUUUUUUCUUCUUCCUCCUCUCCUCCUCUUUCUCUCUCGUUCUUUCCCUCCCUCCCUCUUUCGCUCCUUGCCUCUUUCCCUCUCCGUCCUCCUCUCUUUCUCUGUCCCUCCCUUUUUAUUUCCCUUCCUCCUUCCCUCCCCCGAUCGAUCCAUCCAUCGAUCUCUCGCUUUCUCUCCUCCUUUCCCUCCCUAUAUCCUUCUUUGUCUUUCUCUUCCUCCCUCUUUCGUUCUUUGCCUCUCUCCCUCUCCAUCCUCCUCUCUUUCUCUCUCCCUCCCUUUUUAUCUCCCUCCAUCCAUCUAUUUCUCGCUUUCUCUCCAUCUUUCUCUCCCUACCUCCCUCUCUCUCUUCCUCUUUCUCUUCCUCCCUGUCUAUCAUUCUCUCCUUUUUUAAUAUCCUCCCUCCAUCUCACUCUUUCUCUCCUUCUUUCUCUCCCUAUCUUUUUUGCCCUCUGUUUCCUUCUUCCUCCUCCCUCUUCCUCUUCUCCCCCUUUCUCGUUCACACCGACAAGAGAUAA